AUUACUCUCCCUUCCAUAAAUGGUUUAUUUUGCAAAAUGUGCAUGCAGAUGGAUGUUGUUAUUUGCUUUAUCAGGAGAAUUCUGGGAAAAGUUGCAGUACAGAACUUCUUUCUCAUAAUUUUCGGUCAGUAUCCAUUUACGGACCGGCCCUUUAAGAAGAAAGCAGCCUUGGGCUUUUGGAAGAGGCAGAAAACCCAGCCAAAAAGAGAGAGAGAUUGUCACAGACAGUUUGCCAGUGCAUGAGACAGAACCUAGGUUAGUCUGGUCUUACUGCUACGACAAGAUGGCAACAUCACACCCUCUCCCUGAAGGUUUCACUGAACUUGAAGUAUUUGGUUUUGGCACAGUGAUGAUGGUAGAAGCAUUGCUUGGCUUCUCUUUGAACAUGUUGACCAUUGUCUCUUUCUGGAAAAUCAGAGAACUUCGAACUCCUGGUAACUUUCUGGUUUUCAACCUCGCCUUAUCCGACUGUGGGAUCUGCCUCAACGCUUUCAUUGCAGCGUUUUCUAGUUUUUUAAGGUAUUGGCCCUAUGGUUCAGAUGGAUGUCAGAUUCAUGGAUUUCAUGGUUUUUUAACAGCACUGACAAGCAUAAGCUCAGCAGCUGCAGUUGCCUGGGAUCGACAUCAUCAAUAUUGCACUAGAAGUAAGCUGCAGUGGGGUUCGGUGGUCCCCAUGGCAAUAUUUCUAUGGUGUUUUUCUGGCUUUUGGGCUGCAAUGCCACUGCUGGGAUGGGGCGAAUAUGACUAUGAACCUCUAAGAACCUGCUGUACAUUGGACUACACCAAAGGAGACAGAAACUACAUCACAUAUCUUAUUCCUCUGGCCCUUUUCAAUUUUAUGAUCCCAGUUUUCAUCAUGUUAACAGCCUACCAAUCCAUUGAUCACAAAUUUAAGAAAACUGGACAGUUCAAGUUUAACACUGGUUUGCCAGUGAAAUCUUUGGUCAUUUGCUGGGGUCCUUACUCACUUUUAUGCUUCUAUGCUGCAGUUGAAAGUACGGCUUUCAUCUCACCCAAAAUCUUAAUGAUUCCUGCUGUAAUUGCCAAAACUUCACCAGCGGCGAAUGCCUUAAUCUAUGCCCUGGGGAAUGAGAACUACCGAGGGGGAAUAUGGCAGUUCCUCACAGGACAGAAGAUCGAGAAAGCAGAAGUCGAUAACAAAACUAAGUAACACGUCACCCCAUUCAGCUGAGCGCUUCUUCACACUUGACAUUCUUUACCUUAGUUCUGUGGGCUUUGUUUUUUCAAGUGUACAUUUUAAAAGGUAACAUGUGAAUGGAUAUUUUUAAUGAUGAUCUCUUACAGGUGCAUUUAGUAAGCAACCUGCAUUGGCUGCGGCUUCCUGUGGAGUGUACACACAGUGUUCAAUUCAGGUUUGCUGUUAUGUAAUGGGUGAAAUGGCUCUCAACUGAGGCAGGCAUAACACAGCCAAAAGUAACCAGUAGUAGAAGCCACAUGCAUUUUCU